CAAGACAAGCACAAAGCAAGACUCUACAUCAAACCACAAAAACACACCACACAACUCAAAAUGUCGGACAACACUCAGCAACAACCCAGCCUCAUCGGCGGCCACGCACAAUAUGUCAAGGGCGCAGCAGAGGAACUCGUAUCUGACACCGACCUCUCCAGGNGCGUCAUCGGCAGCGUAACCGGCAACGCAGCCUGGCAGCAAAGCGGCGAGACCGACAAGCAAGGCGGCGUCGACGCCAUGAAGGCCGCAUCCCAGAACCGCGACCCCGCCACUGACGGCUACGGCAAGGUUGAAGAGGUGGCUGGAAAGCUGUCUGGCUGUGAGGGUAUGGAGAAGGAGGGUGCUAUUUCGGCAAAGAAGGAGUAA